CUCGGUGUCCGUUCGGUGUCCCCCGGUGCCGCCGCCCCGCCGCGCCCGGCGCUGUCCGUGGUGCUGAUGGCCCCGACGGAGCGGGAGGAGCCCCGGGACCUGCCGGGGGGCGGCCGCAGCAUCCGCAUCCCACAUGACACAGAAAGGAGUUGGGCAGCGGCCACCCCUGCGAAACGUCAUUUUUUCCUCCGCUGAAGAAGGAUGGAAUACCCCGUCCCUCCCCUCAGGAGGCUUUGCAAACAGGCAGGCAGAGGCAGCUGCAGAGCUGGCGGUACGCUGUGGUUCCCAGUAUGACCGGGAUCUUCCCAGACGUGGCUUCACUUGGGAUAAGCAGCAGAGCAAGGAGGGGACCAGCGCCUUUGGGAUUUUGCUUUGGAGCAGGUUAAGUCCAACCCAACCAUCUGGCUAAACUCAACACUGGGAACUAUCUAGCAAUACAAGCAUAGAACACGAGGCCACACCCAUCACACUCUGGUGUGUCUGCAAGGAGGGUGCAAGAGAACAAUUUCACAGACAAGAACAAUGGCCCAAAGUGCUCACGCUGAAGGCCUCUCACUGAAGGGCUCCCAGAAAUUCAGCUCACUUCAUCCACAAGGGUGUAAGGAUCACUCAAGAUCAAAACAGUCAUUAUUCCAGAGCCUGAGCAAAAGACGUGGCUGAGUUUGCUCACAGCAUGGAUAACAGCAGUGGUCCUGUUUUUCUCCUUACCUUGCUCCUGCUGCAGAACACGAGCAGCCCCAAAGCCUCCACCCCUCCUGCUGGCUACGAGAUGGCAGAACCUCCACCACCAGGAGCCAGCUCCAGCAUGAACCACUCUCUGGUAGAAUAUGGGCUGAGGCCAGGGGAAAUCGCAGCUGCCACUGUGGUUUGGGGAGCUCUGUGGCUGAUCUCUGUCAUGGGAAACUUCCUCGUCUGCUUAGUGAUCCACAGGAGCAGGAGGACACAGUCCACCACCAACUACUUUGUGGUGUCCAUGGCCUGUGCAGACCUCGUGAGCAGCGUGGGGAGCGCGCCCUUCUUGCUGCUGCAGCUGAGCUCUGGGCAGUGGAUGCUGGGCAGCAGGGUGUGCCAGCUGGUCAGAUACAUCCAGUACCUCACACCUGGAGUCCAGAUCUAUGUGCUCCUCGCCAUCAGCGUGGAUCGAUUCUACACCAUUGUUUACCCCCUGAGCUUCAAAGUGUCCAGGGGGAAAGCCAAAAAAAUGAUUUUGACCUCUUGGCUCUGUGGUACUGUGUUUGCAUCACCAGCCUGUUUUCUCUAUGGCUCCAACAGUGACCACCACUGCAACUUUUUUCUUCCCAGUUCUUGGCAAGGAUCUGCCUACAGUAUCAUCCACCUCCUCUUGGUGUUUUUGAUCCCAUCCCUCCUCAUUAGCCUUUUUUACCAGAAAGUCAUUAAGUACAUUUGGAGAAUAGGCACGGAUGGAAUGACUGUCAGGAGAACAACAAAUAUUGUUCCAAGAACAAAAGUAAAAACCAUCAAGAUGUUCUUAAUGUUAAACUCAAUGUUUCUGCUGUCUUGGCUGCCUUUCUUCACAGUACAGUUGUGGCACCCGCAGGAAACAGACUACAGAAAGAGCUCCUUGCUUUUCCUGGCCAUCACCUGGAUCUCCUUCAGUUCCUCAGCCUCUAAACCAACCCUCUACUCAAUCUAUAAUGCAAACUUCAGAAGAGGGAUGAAAGAAACUUUUUGCAUGUCUGCCAUGAAAUGCUACAGAAGCAAUGCAUACACCAUCACCACCAGUUCCAGGAUAGCAAAAAAAAAUCAUGUUGGUAUUGCAGAUAUUCCAGCUACAGCCAAAAGUGUCACCAAAGACUCCACCUAUGAUGCUUUUAACAGAGAAGCCAAGGAAAGAAAGCUUGCCUGGCCUAUUCCAUCCAAUCCCCCAAAUACAUUUGUCUAGUGGGCUUUGUUGUUUUGAAAAGUUACUCGAUACCCCCAGAAGAAGGAAUUUUCUCUCCUUUUGAACAAAUGUAUAGCUACAUAUUUUUAACCCAGCUUUUGGG